AGUCUUACAGCUUUGCAUCACGCAUUGUGAAUCACAAACUCGUAGUCCACUACCAAAGCAAACCUGUGCUGUAAUACGACAACGUCUUGGGUGAUAAAACAAUGCACAGAAAAAUUAAGCCCAGCCUCUCCGCGGACGACACGAAACACAUGUUGAGUUUUAUUUUGAUAGUCUGAACUUCUUGCGGCAGUACUUGGAGGCUAAGAUUCUUAGAAUGAGGGAUACUACCACCCUACUCGCUGAAAAACUGGAUCAAUAAGACUAUGCAAGAGGGUGUGGUGUGGUGUAUUGCUUUGUACCGAAGAUGGGAAGCGACAGUGUACAACUCCAGCCUGUUAAAUAUCAUUAGUUAUAGUUGAAAGUCAAAAGUCUAUUACAAUCUAAUCGCAGUUUAAAAUAUGAAUAAAUCAGACCCCUGCGAUCCCUACAGCCGACCAGCCCGAAGGACACAGUGGAUUGUCAGCACUUUGGCUUACCAUUACGGUUUAGACCGCGGAGUGGAAAACGAAAUUAUAGUUCUGGCCACCGGUUUGGAUCAGUACUUGCAAGAGAUCUUUCAUCAUCUGGACUGUCUGGGUGAAGGCAAGGUCUCGGCUGAAGAUUUUAAAAUCCUCUGUGAGGUUUUGGGGCUGAAUAAUGAUCUGGAGGAAUGCGCUGGUGUUUUGGAUGACAUACCAGAUGAGAUUACAUUCAGGCAGUUUCACGCUAAACUCUGCGGCUACUUCAGUACCAAAGCCGGGUGCCAGUAUGAAAACGGCAGGCUGCUGGUGGGCAAAGAGAGCGAGCACAUCGAGACCCAGAUCCGACUCAGAAGCCCUCUAAGGCGGAGGAAAAAAUCGCUCUCUGUCGGUGAAAACGGGAGAGGGAGCAGGGGGUCCUCCCCACCCUCAGAGCGGCAUGCAUCGCAUUACAGAAAGCCGGGGUCUUGUAGCUGUACCCGGGAAUGCUACGAGGAGAUUGUAGCUCUGGAAGAGGCUGAAGACAGGGUUGUAAAACUUGAAGAUGAGAAUGCAAGUCUAAGGGAGCUUGUGGAGGACAUGCGAGCCGCUCUUCAGAGCAGUGAUGCCCGAUCCUUAGCCCUUCAGGUGGGGUUGUGGAAGAGCCAUGCUAACCAUGGCGCUGAAGAAGGCUGUUUCAUAGCAAGCAGGAGGCGAUUGAACCACAAAACCAGCACCCAGAGCAACAUCAAGUGCCUUCAGAGCUUCCUGCAGGAGAUCGAGCUGAUCCGCAGCUCCAGGGAUGGGCAGAUCGAAGAGGCCAUGAGGUUCAACCAGGAACUGGAGAAGGAGCUGGGGAGGUCGCAGGAGGCUCUGCUCAUUUUAGAGGACUGCAACAGAAACCUCAAGAGGGAGCAGGCAGAUAUGAGGAAGAAAGUGGAAGAUGCCAGACAGGCAGUGCACAGCAGCCUGGGAAAAGUCAAGGAACUGGAGGCCAAAGCCAACCACGUGCCACUGCUGCAGAGGCAUGUUCAGCAACUGGAGUCCGAACUCAACUAUUACAGGUCAGAGGUGAUCCAGCUUCAGCUCCCUCCAUGCAGCCCCUUGGAGCAGAAGCGUGGUGCUGCCGCCCUGCAGGAUAGGAGGUCCCCCACCGGCCGUGACGAGAUACCGCCUGACAACAUGGAAGAGCAGAUGUUCCGCUCUGUGGAGGGCCAGGCUGCCUCAGACGAGGAGGAGGAGAAGUGGACGGGGGAGCAGCAAUCCCAGGUGGACGAGGUCAAGAGGAUCCUCACCAGGCUGUCCUGCUGCAGGGAUGGAUGCGAUGAUAAAACAAUGAAGAAGCUGUUGUCACAUUUCGGAGGUGCUAAGAAUGAAGAGAGCAGGAGCGCAGUCGUGGAGCUCUUGGACAAAGUUACAAAGUUGACAAAGCAACUUGAGCUGAAAGAGAGUGAGGCUAAGAAAAUGGAGAUGGACAUGGACCAGGUGAAGGACUCUUUGCUGCUGGAGCUGCAGCAGAAGGCCGAGGAGACGGAGCUGCUUCAGAUGGAGCUGCAGAUGCUGGAGACGGAGAGAGUGCGUCUGUCACUGGUGGAGGAGAAGCUCAUGGACGUGCUUCAGCUCCUGCAGCAGCUUAGGGACCUGAAUGUUUCGCGGAGAUCUUUGGGGAAGAUAUUGUUGAGCACUUUGGAAUCUUGUAGUGACCCACAGCAUGGAAAGGCUCACAUUUUGGAGGUUCUCAAUGCCCUGUACCAUGAACUAGCAGCUUGUGAGCUGUUAACCGGCACUCCCUUGGAAAGGACUCAGAGUCACCAGUCCUUGUCAAAUCCACUUCUCAUCUCAUGUUGACAUGGAGCGCCACCAGCUGGUCUGCAAGCAUAUUCUCUGCAAGCACUUUGAAGACCUUGAAACUAAGGGAAAAAAACAUCAGAAACACUGACCCCAUUUUUGUGCCAGUGCCUGAGUUCACGGAGUUCAGAAUUGUAUUUCAUACCAGUACUUCUCAAUAAAGGUGAGCCUGCUGAUAACACAACGACAGGACUGAGGGCCUCCAUAUCUUGUCUGCUCACAGAGAAGCUCAAAAAUCACUUUUUGAAGAAAGUUUGUGUCAAAUUACAUUUUGGUACAUACUUUGCAACCUGAAACUAAUGCAUGUGUGAUUUUAUAUCAAUUCACUUCAAAAAUGCUUCAGUGCAUGCAACACAAGAGUACUGCAUUGGCCGUUUGGAAAACAAUUGUAAAUAAUAUUGUAUGCACCUUAUUUAACGCCCUGUUACCUGAGAAGAGCGUGUGGGUUCAUGUAUUUUUUUCUAUUUUCUACUCCCCUUUAGGGUGUAAUUAUUACCUUUGUGACAACCGGGAUUGUUCAUUAAAAAUAGGAAUUACUUACACCUUAUAGGGGAGUAUAAAACCCAACCCUUUUUACCAUCCAUAUGUAGAAGCAGUAAUACUUCAAUAUCUUUGCUGUCUCUGUGAAGCACUAAAAUAGUGAUCCACUUGUGUAGCACUAAACUGUUUAGUAUUAAAAAAAAUAAUAAUGUAAUCUCUGAAUAUGCUGUCACAGGAAAUGUAUCAAAGAUCACUUUUAUUAAAUAUGUGACAUUACCUGUAUAGAUUAUGAAGCUACCAAAUGGUGACCUCUUUUUAAACUUCACUUGAUAUUUCUUUCAGCUGCAAAUUUAUUUAGGCAACUUUUACAUAAUUAUAUAUUUGAUUAUAUAUAAUUGGUUCAUCGUAUACUAAUUAAAACAUGCAAAUUCAAUGGUCGCCAUCUAAGUCAUUUUUAAUACUUCGGUCCAUGUCACAUAAACUGCAUGGAUUUAAAAGAAAUACAGAAAUAAAUCUGAUCCAGUCCGAUUCUAGAUCCAAUUAUAUAAUCUAUAUUUUCUCCAUUUAGAAAAUCUGUACAUAUACUAGACCUAAUUACGAUAAAUACUGUAUUACUCACAAAUAAGCUGUGCUCAUUCAUAUAGCAUUACAUAGUAUUCUGUUCAGACUUAAUGCACUUGUUUACCUAUCUGGAGAAAUGAAUGCAGUUUUAGAAUUGCUCAAAUGUCUACUAGUUGGGUGUUUUAAAUAAAGAAUUGCAUAUUAACUGCAAGAAGCUUAAAGCUCUUGGAUUAGCAUGAAAGUAGUUUUUUAAUAAAGUUUAUAAUAAGUUGA